AUGGGUGCAAACGUGAGCGUGCCAGGAAUGUCAAAUUCACAAUCGACACCAAAGAAAAUCGAAUUUAAAGUAACGCUAGUUACGAAUGGCCAGGAGGAUGUGAAAUCUUUCCAAUUUGACGAUUCAAUCCUUCGUUCCAAGAACUAUAAAGGCUCUUUUGAUGAACUGGUAAAUAAAUUGUCAACACUUUUUCCUCAACUUGAAUCUUCAUAUAACGAACCAAAAUUGACGUGGACUGACCAGGCGAAUGAUAUUAUAACUAUCAACAAUGAUGAUGAUUUACUGUUCGCACUUGAACACAUGAAAGAUUUGAAGAUUUUCAAGGUAAAAGAUAACAAUGAUAAUCUGCCCAAGGGUUGUCUCCGACUACAACAUUCAUUUAACAUUGGGGGUGUUUGCAACAACUGCAAGAACAACAAUAUUGUUCAUUUUCGCUACAAGUGUCUUCAAUGUCAAGAUUAUACUUUGUGCGCACAGUGUUAUAAAAAUGUACACGUGGAACACGUUAUGAUGAGUAUUUCUCUAGACGUUCCUAAUCUUCAAAAUAUAAGAUCCCCAUGUAAAGACCAGAAAGAAGAACAGUUAAAGUGAGGCAAAUAUACAAUUGGUAAUCAACUUCGAUGAUUGUAAUUUUUUUAUCGCAAAAUUAUGUGUUAAUAUAUCCAAAAUAAAGACUUAUAUUAGAGUAA